GAUACACUACUGUCGGCGGACUCUGGCAUCAAUCACUUCGCAGACUCACUCUGACAAGCAUUUUCGACGUCUCGCUUCUCUUCAAGCAUUAUGGAUCCCGUACCAGUGGUGGUUAAACAUGCUGGAAAGAAAUACGAUGUCGAGCUCGAUCCCAGCUCUACGGGCGAGACAUUCAAGUACCAACUAUACUCUCUUACUGGUGUUGAGCCGGAGAGACAAAAGAUACUCAUCAAAGGUGGCCAGCUAAAAGAUGAUACCGAUCUUUCGAAGCUUGCGGUGAAGCCUGGCCAUCAGUUCAUGAUGAUGGGCACUCCCGCGGAGGGUGCAGCGGCGAUACAGCGACCUAAAGAGCCCAUAAAAUUUGUGGAGGAUAUGACGGAAGCUGAGAUGGCGCAAUCGGACGGCGCUAUACCUGCAGGCCUCCAAAAUUUGGGCAACACAUGCUAUAUGAAUUCGACGCUCCAGACUCUAAGGUCUAUUCCGGAGCUACAAGACGAACUCUUGAAGUAUACCCCAAGCCCUGCAGCCAGUGGCUCCGCAGACCUCAGCCAAUUUGGCCUUGGAGGACUCGGUGCAUCGUCCGACCUCACUGGAUCUCUUCGCGAUCUUUUCAAGCAGAUGUCUGAGACUCAGGAGGGAUUCCCACCCUUAAUGUUCCUCAACGCUCUGAGAACUGCCUUUCCUCAGUUUGCGCAACGGUCGAAAGAUGGGCAUGGGUACGCCCAACAGGACGCGGAAGAAGCUUGGUCGCAAAUCGUGUCACAAUUGCGACAGAAGCUAAAAGUGAAAGAGUCCACGUCUGCCGGUUCCAGCUCACAGGAGACGCAAGAUCUGUCUUUCAUCGACAAGUACAUGGCUGGAAGUUUCGAUUCGGUUCUGCAGUGUGACGAAGAGGCAGCCAAGGAAGGCGGCGAAGAGCCUGUCAAGUCUAAAGACACAUUUUUCAAGCUCAACUGCCACAUAACCCUGGAGACUAAUCAUCUUAGAGACGGCCUGGCGGCAGGUCUGAAAGAGCAGAUCGAGAAGAAGUCCUCGGUUCUUGAUAGAGAUGCAAUAUAUACAAAGACAUCUUUGAUAUCCCGCCUGCCGAAGUAUCUACCGGUGCACUUUGUCAGAUUCGAUUGGAGACGGGACACCGCCAAGAAGGCUAAAAUCAUGCGUAAGGUAACGUUCCCUCACGAGUUGGAUGUGCUUGAGUUUUGCACUGAAGAUUUGCGAAAACUUCUUGUACCCAUCAGAGAUAAGAUCCGAGAGAUCCGCAAAGAAGAAGAAGACGUCGAAAGAGCAAAGAAACGGCAGAAGCGGAUACGCGCGCAGGAAGAGAAUGGGGAGCCUAUGCAGGUCAAGGAGAAGAAGGAGAAGAAGGACGACAGGAAGAAGACAGGCGAUGCAAGUGGCGAAGAUACUGAGAUGGCCGAUGCUGUCUACAAAACGGAUGCUGAAGUCGAGCGAGAGAAAAUCGAAUCUAUUCUCGCGGCAAAGAAAGAGCUGUUGUCACUCGUUGACCCCAAGAUGUCUGCCGAUGAAGGAUCCAACCAGACAGGUCUGUAUGAAUUACGAGGCGUAAUUACCCACCAAGGUGCCAGCGCUGACAGCGGCCACUACACAUCGUUCGUGAAGAAGAGCGGACCUAAGGAUCCAAAGACUGGCAAGCGGAAGGAGGAAGAUGGCAAAUGGUGGUGGUUCAACGACGAGAAGGUAUCGGAGGUCGACUCUGAAAGAAUCGAGACCUUAUCUGGCGGCGGCAAGUACCCAACCAGAGUCUCUGGGCAAGCUCUAACACCACAUAGGUCAAAGUCACUCUGCUCUGAUACUGCUCUAUCGUGCCGUGCCUCUCCCAACCACAGAAAAGGAGGAAGCUUUCUUGAACGAGAAAGCAUGAUGGACCUUGGGUGUACUUGGAAUAGGCUGAGGUGCCUAUCUCAUCGUCCACAGUGGAUCGUGUGA